CGACCUGAGCUCCAACCAACUGUCUGGUCCCAUCCCCAAGGAGAUUGGUUCCAUGGUCGCCCUCACCAAACUUGAUCUUUCGGACAACCAGCUAUCAGGCAACAUCCCUGCAACCUUUGGAGCACUCAUUCAAAUGAAAUUCCUGGACCUCUCAAACAACCAGCUUGAAGACGUCCCUUCCAAUUUGGGUGCACUCAGCGUGAUGACUUACAUGUCCCUCUCUUACAACAAGCUCUCUGGACCCAUCCCUGACACCAUCGGCUCCCUCACCAGCCUUGCAAAUUUGGGGCUUCGUUCCAACAAACUCUCGGGCGCCAUCCCUCCCUCCAUUGCCUUGCUGGAAAAUAUCAAUGCACUCGACCUGAGCUCCAACCAACUGUCUGGUCCCAUCCCCAAGGAGAUUGGUUCCAUGGUCGCCCUCACCAAACUUGAUCUUUCGGACAACCAGCUUUCGGGCAACAUCCCUGCAACAUUUGGAUCGCUCAUCCGAAUGAAAUUCCUGGACCUCUCAAACAAUCAGCUUGAAGACGUCCCUUCCACUUUGGGUGCACUCAGCGUGAUGUCUCACAUGUCCCUCUCUUACAACAAGCUCUCUGGACCCAUCCCUGACACCAUCGGCUCCCUCACCAGCCUUACAAAUCUGGGCCUUCAAUCCAACAAACUCUCGGGCGCCAUCCCUCCCUCCAUUGCCCUGCUGAAAAAUAUCAAUGCACUCGACCUGAGCUCCAACCAACUGUCUGGUCCCAUCCCCAAGGAGAUUGGUUCCAUGGUCGCCCUCACCAAACUUGAUCUUUCGGACAACCAGCUUUCGGGCAACAUCCCUGCAGCCUUUGGAGCACUCAUCAAAAUGGAAUUCCUGGACCUCUCAAACAACCAGCUUGAAGACGUCCCUUCCACUUUGGGUGCACUCAGCGUGAUGACUUACUUGACCCUCUCUUACAACAAUCUCUCAGGACUCAUCCCUGACACCAUCGGCUCUCUCACCAGCCUUACAAACCUGGGGCUUCGUUCCAACAAACUCUCUGGCUCCAUCCCUCCCUCCAUUGCCUUGCUGCAAAAUAUCAAUGCACUCGACCUGAGCUCCAACCAACUGUCUGGUCCCAUCCCCAAGGAGAUUGGUUCCAUGGUCGCCCUCACCAAACUUGAUAUUUCGGAGAACCAUCUUUCCGGCAACAUCCCUGCAACCUUCGAUGGACUCAAUCAAAUGGAAUUCCUAGAUCUCUCAAACAACCAGCUUUCAGGCAGCAUCCCUGCCAGAUUGAGUGCGCUCAGCCAAGUGUCUUACGUGAUGUUAGCCAACAAUCAGCUCACUGGCCCCAUACCUUCUGACAUUGGCUCACUCAAAAGAAUGGUCGCUCUAUCCCUCGAAUACAACCAGCUCUCUGGACCCAUCCCUGCCUCCAUCGGCUCUCUCAUUGGCCUUACAGAACUGGGCCUACAUCACAACAACCUCUCGGGAUCCAUCCCUCCCUCCAUUUCCUUGCUGGUCAAUCUCGAUACACUCGAUCUGAGCUCCAACCAACUGUCUGGUCCCAUCCCCAAGGAGAUUGGAUCCAUGACCGCCCUCACCAAACUAGACCUUACAAGCAACCAGUUCACAGGCAGCAUUCCUGUCUCCUCGAGUGCACUCAGCAAAGCCCCUGUCAUGAGGAUGUCAACCAACAAGAAGUUCACCCCACCCAUACCUGCUGCUGGCAUUGACUCUCUCACAGGAUUGGUCGCUCUGUCCCUCGGUCACAACAAUAUUUCGGGACCAAUCCCCGAGUUCCUCACCUCCCUCACCAGCCUUACAAAUCUGGGCCUUCAAAGCAACACAUUCUCGGGAUCCAUCCCUCCCUCUAUUGCCUUGCUGAGCGAUAUGGAUACACUCGACCUGAGUGGAAAUCAACUGUCCGGUUCAAUUCCUGGCGAGAUCGGUGACAUGUCCGCCCUCACCAGACUUGAUCUCUCGGGCAACAAGCUUUCGGGCAACAUCCCUGCAACUUUGGAAGGACUCAACCUAUUGAAAUCCCUCUAUCUGCACUCCAACAAGCUGGCAGGAACCGUACCCUCCUUCCUAACGUAUCUUACAGCACUCACAAGCUUGGCUAUUGACAACAACCGCCUCACUGGACCAAUUCCAUCAAACAUAAGCUCCCUCUCGGACCUGGCAGUCCUCUCAUUGUCUCGCAACCAGCUCUCUGGACGAAUCCCUGACUCCAUCACCAAUCUCACCAGCUUAUCUGUCAUUGACUUUCAGCGUAACCUCCUGGAAGGAACAAUUCUUGAGACCAUCGGGGGGCUUUCUCAGCUGGUCUAUCUGUCUCUGGCCUCCAACCAGCUGUACGGCCGCAUUCCUGGCAGCUUCACCAAGCUCACACAGCUCACCUUCCUAGACCUCUCCCGCAACUCCCUCGCGGGCCCGAUAGAAUUGCCCGCUAUCAGCACCAUGCGUCUCUCCAACAACUUCCUCUCGGGCCCUCUGCCCGCCAGGGCAUGCCAGGCUCGCAACUUCGAUGCCAAUUGCUUCACACUGCCGCCUGGGUGCUCCCUGGUAGUGCAGCGGGAGGAAGGAGCAUGCAACGCCUUCUGCGGCACCUCCUCUGCUGCACCUUCGUCCUCCGCUGGUGCAAGGGCUGCUGCUGGUGGUGCACGUGGUGCUGCUGCGUCUACUACUGCUGCUUGCGGUGGUAACGGAAUUUGCGUUCCCAACCGGGCCAGCACGAUUCCGAGCUGUACUUGUGAUGAGGGGUUCAUCAAGCUUGCGAGCGAUACCUGUGUUGCCAAAGGUGAAAUCGGAAGCUCUACAGUCGCCCAACCCAUUCUUCCCCAAGCAACCGCGCUUACCAAGGGGACACAGAAGGAGAUCAAGGGCGCCUUCACUGCAGCUCCAGUGCCUCUGUUUCUGUACGAGGCAGGGGCGACAGCGACAGGGUGUGGAACACAGUUGGCCUUCAAGGCCAAUUUCACCUUCUCCAUGUCAACUGGAACUUUCAAAGGUGGCAACAACGGGCUUGCCUUUGUCGUCUCGGCAACAGACCGGGUGGGGACCGGGGCCGGUGUGGGGUAUGAUGGAAUGGACGAGCGGAGCAUAGCAAUUGAAUUCGAUACUUUCCAGGACAAGCAACUUGGGGAUAUGAUCACUCAGCACGUGGGGUUGGACACUAAAGGCCAGGAGACUUCGGUAGCUGCUGUGAAGUCGCCGUUUCCUCUGAACAGCAAGAAGGCAUACACGGCAUGGGUGGACUAUGUCCCUGGGGAACCUGGCACCAUCCAGGUGUUCCUGGCUGCUUCAGUUGUGAAGCCAGAGCAGCCGCUGUUAAAGAGGAGCCUGGCGCUGUGUGAGGUGCUGCAGGCUGGAGCAGAUCAGCGGGCGUUCUUCUUUGGCUUUGUGGCGACCACCACUGAGAAGCCGUUCCAGAUGCAUGUGAUUCUUAAAUCUGCGGUGCAAACAGCUCUCCCUGAUCUACAGAAACCAGGCGUUACUCCAGCCUUGGGCCUCACUCUCUCUGCAACGUCGUUUGCGCCACCGGGAGCCAGUCCCUUCAUGCGCUACAUGAGUGCGGACUACCAAGUGUCGCCCAACCAGCCCAAUGGGUGGCGCAUCAGCGCCUCCCGCUCCUGGGACUCCAUGCCCUUCCUCGCCUGGCCUGUCAAGAACCAGAAGGACUGCAAUGCAAGCUGGGCGUAUGCAGUGGUGGCGAGUGUCGAAGCAGCAUACGGCAUUGCGCUGAACCAAAAGGUUCCACGGCUGACAGUGGACUCACUCUUCACCAUCAUGGGUCUCAAGACCCCUGCUGCCAAGUGCAGCACCGGGAACUCUCCUGCCGCGGCCUUCAAAAAGCUCAUUGCUCUGCCCCGCGGUGGACUCGCCAGCAGCACAACGAUAUUGAAGUACCCCGUUCAAUCGUUUGAGCGGGCGCAGUUCAAGGGGUAUGUGGGGCUCAUGCUGGCAGUGAAGCGCCAGCCAGUGGUGGUUCAGAUCGAGGCUUCUGUUUCCAGUUUCGCACAAUAUGACGGGACCUUCAAGUACCAGGAUCCUGCCUGCUACACUGGCAACCUGAACCAUGCUGUACUCGUUGUUGGGUACCUCAUUUCAACAACUGGGGCCCAGCAAAGUUCGACUGCUCCGCCAUUUUGGAUCAUCCGCAACUCAUGGGGGACCGCUUGGGGCGACAAGGGACACAUGCGCAUGGACAUUCAGGGAGGGGAUGGCGUGUGUGGCAUCAACGUGCUGCCUGGCCUCUACCCCAUUGUCAAAAUUGCCAACGAUUCUUGCGGCCAAAUGAGCUACAAGGGCGACGGGGACCUGCAGCCAAGCAUGAACCCGUGCGGUCGCUUCCCGUGCCAGCCAUACGCAAAGGCCAACAGCAACACGUGCAACUGCACCAUUCCUGGCGAGGCCAGUCAGCCGUUCAUUGAGGUCGCUAAUGGAGUGGGCUCCAACACAUGUGCAUAUGUUAACAUCUGCAGUUCUUACCCUACGAACCCUUGUGGUGCGGGCACAUGCAUCAACGAUGGCAAGGGCUCCUACUCCUGCAUCUGCCCUCCCAACUACAUCAGCAGCACAACUGUCGAAAAGUUCCCCACCUGCGACCCAGCCAACACCACGGCCUCUACUUUGACAGUCACUGGCACCAACUGGCAGUGCUCUGAUGUCUUCCCUACUGCUGGCGUCUCGCUGGCUGGCUUAUCGCAGCAAAACACGGCCAUUGACUGUAGCGAGCCUUUGCCUCCAGGCAAGGUGAUUCAGCUUGGCAGCAAUCCUACAGGCCCCUGCACUGCCUUCUUCUCAACCAUCAAUGGCGACAACUGUUCAUCUAUCGCCACUCAGAUUAAACUAGCAGCAACUGAGCUUGCCGCUCUCAACCCCGGCCUGAACUGCUCUGAGCCCAUCAAGCCAGGCCACUCUCUGUGCAUCGAGCGCAAUGCCACUUUGGCCUACACCAUCCCACAGUGCUGGCAGUACGGCAUGCUCACAGCACAGGACACGUGUGAGGGCCUGAUGCUGCAGAGCAUGCAGUCUGGCGAGGGUGGGUCCACGGGGGCAGGAGUUGUGACUGCAGACAGUUGGGUUGAGCUCUACCGCAACAAUCCCGGCGUCAUCUGCCCCCGCACCACCCCUCCCUCCACCGCCACCGUUGCCAGCAAGACAAGCGUGCAGGUGAGAUUGGGGAAACCAGACCGUCCAGAGGGAAUUGGAUACGUAUAG